CGCGGACACCUCGCGCCGCCCGAAAAUGGCUAGCCUGAUGCACCUGGUCGUCCACAAUUACAAUGAACUCAUACAACAUAAAAAACACCCCCUGGUGGACCAGUGGCUGCUGAUGGACUCCCCGGUGCCACUGCUGCUCAUCCUGGGCUUCUACCUCUACUUCGUGCUGAAGCUGGGGCCCGCGCUCAUGGCCCACCGCAAGCCCUUCGAGCUGCAGAAAGUGCUCAUCUUCUACAACGCCUACCAGGUCGUCUUCAGCGUGUGGCUGUGCCUAAUGCCAGUUCGAGUGGGAGCGAUGGAUUAUCUUUUUAAGCAUGUCUGUCAACCAAUGGAACACAGAAAUCCAUUUGCGUACCAGGUGUCGAGUGGGGCCUGGUGGUACUUCUUCUCAAAAAUUAUUGAGCUUCUAGAUACGGUAUUCUUUGUACUACGGAAGAAACAAAGCCAAGUGACUUUCCUGCACGUGUAUCACCACACAAUUACUGCACUUUUCUCUUGGGGAUACCUCAAGUUUCUGCCAGGUGAACAAGGCGUCGUUAUUGGAGUGCUCAAUUCUUUUGUGCACGUGUUCAUGUACACAUACUACUUGCUGGCAGCCCUCGGCCCCCGCUAUCAGAAGUACCUUUGGUGGAAAAAGUACAUGACUUGGAUCCAGCUCGGGCAGUUUUGCAUCAUGUUAAUGUACCUGCUAUUCCUUUUGGCCUACGACUGUGAGUUCCCGAAGGCGCUGACAUUCUUCUUCGUAGGAAACGUGGUGAUCUUCCUGUACCUGUUCUUCGACUUCUACAGAAAUGCAUACAAGAAACGCGCCUGACAUUUUAGUCCACACAGCGCAUAAGCUUCACAGACGCCAGCUUUAAGCAAACUUGAGAAGUGUGCUGUAUCUCCCAUUGUAAAUAGUGCCAUCGCAUGUGUAUCGGUUAGAAGCUAAGUACGAAUCACUCUCACCUCUGCUAUACUGAUUCAUUUCUCUGUUAACAUUCGGUCAGUAUACAGAACACUCAUUUCUUUAAGUGUGCCGUAUUUAUUGCUAUCGGCUUUCGUAGGAACUGGUUCACAGAAUGUGUUUUACGCCUUAUAUAUAUUUCUUCUACUAUCAGUAAUCUUUCACACGUCUCACGUCUGAGAAUUGAGAGGUUGAUAAGUGAAAGGAUACAUGUCAUUUAUCUGGACAGCAAUUGUAGCCUCUGUGGUAUGAAGAUGUUCUGUCUCUCGGAAGAGUGUCAGUGCCGUGUUACAAACACAAGAAUAAACGAAGACAAUGAAAACAUUGAUGGUACUUGGUUGUACGUCUUUCAGCUUAUACACACAACCACUGGUUCCGAAACUUAUUUUUAAACAUAAGAUUAAAAAUUCUAAAUCUUUAUUCAGCAACAUUUCUGAUGAUCUGAAUGAGAGAGCGGAACGUUCAUUUCCGUUAUUCAUUUUAGUUGUGAACAACGGAUAAGCUUACAUGUUCUGAGACAAACACUUCUAGAAAAUAAUAUGACCCUGAAGAGAACGUAGUGUUGCAUAAACACACACGUAUUUAUUGU